AAGUGUCUCAACAUGUCAGUGGGCAGGGGGCUGACCCUGGCCUUCCCAGCUCUCCUGUGUUCCCUGGUGACCCUGGUGACCCUGGAGGUCGAAGGUCAGAAAGUCCCCAUCCUCAACAUCGCUGUGAUCCUGGGCCGCACGCGCUACAUCUCCGACCGGGACAUUCGGGCUCUCUGGAGCAAAGAUGACCCCAUGGACGUCAACGUGGUCACCGUAUUGGUCAACGAGACUGACCCCAAGAGUAUCAUCACCCACGUGUGCGACCUGAUGUCUGGGACCAAGAUCCACGGGGUGGUGUUCGGAGACGGGACGGACCAGGAGGCCAUCGCUCAGAUAUUGGAUUUUAUUUCCUCCCAGACACUGAUCCCCAUCCUGGGAAUCCACGGGGGAUCCUCCAUGAUCAUGGCUGAUAAG